AUGAACCAUGAGCAUAUGAACGAGAUCAAAUAUCAUGCUAAUGAAUGCAAGGACACAUCAAACCAUAACACUGCUGCCCCAGGGAAACAGCAAGCAGUGGCGCUGCUAACUAAAGCCAGCUUCUUGACCUUUUACAAGUGUAGAAUAAUUGGGUUCCAGGAUACGCUAUAUGCCGAAAGAGGAUACCAGUUUUUCAGAGAGCGUGAGAUCUCCGGGACCGUGGAUUUCAUUUUUGGUGAUGCAACAGCCGUGUUCCAGACUUGCUACAUAUCCGCUCGGAAGCCACUAGCUGGGCAAUCAAACACCGUGACAGCUCAAGGACGAGAAGUUUCCGCAGGAAAAGGAGGCUUUGUGAUCCACAACUGCAUAAUAAGUGCAACUUCAGAAUUGAUUGCAUCUGAGUAUACUGCAAGAACCUACUUGGGCAGGCCUUGGAGAGACUUUGCUAGAACUGUUGUUAUGCAAAGUCACCUGGACAACAACAUUGAUCCUCAAGGUUGGCUCGAAUUUGACAGCAGAAGGUCAGACCUGGAGUUAUAAUAUGCAGAAUAUGGUAACAGAGGUCCAGGUUCAGCAACAUAUGACAGAGUGAAAUGGAGUAUUAGGGUCAUCGACUCCGCAGAAGCUUAUCAAUUUACGGUCAGGGAAUUUGUCGAUGGUGACAUGUGGAUUCCAGCAACAGGAGUACCGUAUACUUCAGAUUUCAUAGACUGCUCUGGUUCUCUCAGGCGGAGAUUCUCCAAGUGUAAGGUUUUUGCACUCGUUUUCAGCAUUCUGGCAACACUAGCAAUUUAG